GUACGUGUGAAAUUCUACCUACUUCCGGAUUCUCGUAAAGCGAGCAAAAAAUACACAGACGUAGAAAUGUCAACAUUUACCCAAGAACUUUUAAAAAGGGACGAAGAUGAGGCUUUUAAGGCAUUUGUAAUUUUGUACCACAACGCAUUGCAAGGGUCAGGAAUACCUAAAAUCUACUGGAAGAGCCUCCACCUUAAACUCACCAACGAGAUUUAUGAUGCUGGGGAGGUGUUUGGAAUCAUCCAAAUUGAAGAUAAUACUGAUGAUAGCAAGAAUGGUGGGCACAUAGAGGAGGACAAGCUUGGAACAGUAAUGCACAGCAAAGUGGUUGUUUCUUGCAAAAGUGGACUGCGAGCUUCAGACCCAACAAGCAUUUUUCUGGUGGAUCAUGCUUGGACAUAUCGUGUCGAUCAUGCUCGUGAGCAGCUGGAGCAGGUUCCUGGCCUAUUGCCCAGAAUGGCCUCCCUCAUGGGUUUGGACUUGAGUGAGCAGAAUAGCGACGCUGAUGGAGUAGAGUUGGUGAUGGAGCACAUGUGGCUCUACAACCAGACUUACCAACUUUCUCAAGGGUGUGCAGAAGAGAAGAUUCCAGUGUGGUACUUAAUGGAUGAGUUUGGUUCUCAAGUGCAUCACUCUGACCAACCCAGCUGUGCCAUGGCUCCUUUCUUCUUUGCCGAGGCGCAAGCGGCUUUCACUGUACUCUGGCCUCUUGGAGACCUGCAAGAGGGAGAUGUAAUAACGCGUGACUUUGCAUACGGUGAGACAGACCCUCUGGUUAGACGGUGCCGUUUGUUACCAUGGUUACCUGCCGAUCUUGAAGGCAUUUCCCCCCAAAACACAGAGCCUGCAGAUUCAUACUAUGAGGCGGUAUUGCACGAGAACAAAGAGCAACUUCCUGUGGACGUUCAUCCCACCACACUACCCAGGGACAGAACACUCAAGGUAUACUCUGAAAUGUCGCAAGUGACCAACAACUUGACGCAUGCACGUUUUGAGGUGACAGAGAACAAGGAGGAAGCGGAUAUCAUUUGGAGCUACAACCACAUCAAAGACUACAGAAAGUUCAGCACAGAGCGACCGAAUGUUAUGCUCAACCAGUUUCCCUGCGAGAACCUCAUCACUGUGAAGGAUUGCCUUGCUGCCGUGGCCCGCAGAGUGAAGGAGGCUUCAGAUGUGAUACCGAAGACUUUCAAUCUCCAAACAGAGCUUCCACAAUUCAUAAAGCACUAUCGAGACAGACAACAAAGGGGCCAAGAUAACCACUGGAUAUGCAAGCCAUGGAAUUUGGCCCGUGGAAUGGACAUACACAUCACCAACAAUCUGAACUACAUUAUCCGACAGAGAGAGAGUACACCAAAGGUUGUGUGUAAGUACAUCAAGAACCCAGUACUGUUUGAGAGGGAGGAUGUUGGACUGGUCAAGUUUGACAUCCGCUACAUGAUGAUGCUACGCUCUGUGAAGCCUCUACGUCUCUAUGCCUACAAUGUUUUCUGGUUGCGCUUUGCUAAUAGACCUUUCUCCCUCGACCAUUUUGAUGACUACCAGAAACAUUUUACAGUCAUGAACUAUACAGAGGGCGUGAAGCUGAAACAGAUUCACUGUGAUGAGUUUAUCUUGAUGUUUGAGAAACAGUACCCACAAUGCACAUGGAAGGAAGUGGAAGCACAAUUGUUUGAAGCCUUUAAGAGGCUCUUCCAGGCCGCUUCAUCUCGACCUGCCCCAUAUGGUAUUUGUCCAUACCCAUCUUCUCGUGCAAUCUAUGCUGUAGACCUCAUGCUGAAGUGGAGAACAGAUGACAAUGGUGAGCGUACCAUGGUUCCUCAGAUUCUUGAGUUCAACUUCAGCCCAGACUGCACCCGGGCCUGCCUCUACCACCCAGACUUCUACAACCACAUGUUCCAGACGCUGUUCUUGGACCAGCCUGAGGCCUGCCCUGUUACACAGAUUGCAUAAUCAUGUGGAGCUGCAAAAAGUUUGUUUGUGCUUUAUGGAAAUAAACGUACCAACAAGGUUGUCAAAGUAGAA